AUGGUUCUAGCAACUCAAUCCGCUACAAUGGCGACUUCUUUCGCUCGUAUGGCCAAGGGCCAGGUCCGAUGCUACUCCGCACCGCUGGACAUGGCCAUUCCGGCCUCCAAGCAGCGCUAUAUCCCCACCACCGGCACCUACCCUCAAGGAUUCAAAGUCUCCGGCACCCACGUUGGCGUCAAGGCAUCCAACACCCGCUUCCCGGAUUUGGCUCUGAUCGCCUCGGAGACGCCAUGCUCGGCCGCAGCGGUGUUCACCACCAACAAGUUCCAAGCUGCACCAGUGCAGGUCAGUAAGAAGACAUUGGCGAGCCGAAAGGGCGAUGGCAUUCGUGCUGUCGUCAUCAACUCAGGCUGCGCCAAUGCUGUGACCGGUAAGGGUGGUCUUGAGGAUGCCUUGUCGAUGGGACGAAAGGUCGACGAGUGCAGCAAUGUUGAGAACGACAGCUCGCUGGUCAUGAGUACCGGUGUGAUUGGACAACGUCUCCCCAUCACCAAGAUCCUCGACCGCAUCCCAACAGCACACUCCAACCUGGCUUCCACCCACGAUGCCUGGCUCAGCACCGCGCGCGCAAUCUGCACCACGGACACCUUCCCCAAGCUUCUCUCCCGGACAUUCACUCUGCCCUCCUCAGACCGCACCUACAGCCUAGCAGGCAUGACCAAAGGCGCAGGCAUGAUCCACCCGAACAUGGCGACUCUCCUGGGUGUGCUCUGCACAGAUGCAGCAGUCGAGCCCGCAGCCCUUCAAUCCAUCCUCAAGCACGCCGUGAACCGCUCUUUCAACUCGAUCUCCAUUGACGGCGACACUAGCACCAACGACACGAUCGCCGUACUGGCCAACGGUGCUGCAGGCGGCGAGAUCGUCCGCGCUCCUACCUCCUCUGCCAGCGCUGACUACACCGCGCUGCAGGGUGUGGUUACUGACUUUGCCCAGGAGCUUUCGCAGCUGGUUGUUCGGGAUGGCGAGGGCGCCACCAAGUUCGUUACUGUUCGUGUGCGUAACUCGCCAGACUACGAGUCUGGUCGACAGAUUGCUUCUACUAUUGCUCGAUCGCCGCUUGUGAAGACUGCUCUUUACGGAAAGGAUGCAAACUGGGGUCGUAUCCUGUGUGCUGUUGGAUACACACAGGGUGUUGCUGAGGGCACUGUUGUCCCUGAGCGUACCUCUGUUAGCUUCCGUCCUGUGGACGGAAGUGCUACUCUGCAGCUGCUUGUUAACGGUGAGCCGGAGACCGUCGAUGAAGAGCGGGCUAGUGCUAUUCUCCAGAAUGAGGACCUCGAGAUCGAGGUCGAUCUCGGUGGUGGUGAGAAGGGUGCUGCUGGCUGUGGUGGCGAAGAUGCUGUUUACUGGUUCUGUGACUUCAGUCAUGAGUAUGUGACUAUCAACGGUGACUACCGUACUUAA